CAGGUUGGUACGGAAUAUUCUGUCCUAAUGAGAAUAGGCUGCUAAAGGCGUUAUUCAUCGGUGUGCUGCGUGUUGGACACCCUACCGCCCCCCCAUUUCACCCCUUGGCUGCACCCUGUCCAAUCAGAGCGCGGAGUCUCCCCCCUCCAUCCGGCUCCAGUGGGGUUGUUUUUUUGUGCUGAGCCCAAAGCUCGUUCACAUGGCUGUGGACUACGCGGUGUGGACUUCACCUGCACACCUAAGAAGAGUCUUCUGAGAAGAGAGGGCAAACUUUUUUUUUCGCACUGUGCCAGCUUACGUCCACCCCAGCCCGCCCUACCCGCCCCCCAGUGCCAGUGCACCUGGAGGGAGUGGAGAGCAGCAACCUCAUUUCUUGAGACGCACUGAAGGAACGACAAUUAAAGGACUGCUUUUGUGAACGCGGCUCUGUUUCGGUUCUCGGGCUGCGACGCUAGCGGCUCUUUCACCGCGCCGUGGAUGUGUUUCUGCAUGGCACGGUCGACGGCCACAUAUUCCUCUCGCGUAAAUCUGCACGUCGCAUCGCUUUCUCUCUCUUGCAGCAGGACAUUCCUUCGGCUGUUGGAGUUUGGGGGCUCUGUAGGCUGCAUAUGAGGCGCUGGCAGGUUGGCGUUAGUCACAGUGCUCCGCAGCUUUUGCGCAACGCUCCGUGCGUAAAGGCGCACAGGGCGGCCGGAUACCACCACGGAGGGACGCGGAACAUCUGACCUGCGGACACCUGUGGCUCUGAGCAGGUCGAGGAAAGAUAUUACCACAAACGAAGCAACAAACUCAUUUGUGUUUGCAAUCAGUGGAAUUAAACUCCUCUGGACUGUAGUAUAAGCGGUGCCCAUACAGACCUUGGAGGUUAGGCUAAGACUAAAAUGAGCUCUUCUUAACGUGAAUCCAACAUCAAACUAAUCACUUUCAAGUGCAGAACAGCCCUUUGGUCACUAAUACAGAAAUGCAGGCUCGCUGCAUUGCUUUGUGACCAGACUCAGAAGGAAUAACAUAGUGUCCAGAACCAUCUGACUUGUUCUUCUAAACUUCAAGCAAAGAUGAGGUGCACCUGCACAGCCUGGAUCAUCCUCUCUUUCCUUUGCAGAGUGAUGGAUGGCAGACUGCUGUUGGAGGGCCUGCAGAGGUUUGGCGCUGUGCCUACAUACCUUCCUGUCCAGUACCAGGUUCUGAACGCUGAGCUGGCCUUCUUCCUCAAAGAGGCUAACCAGGACAUCAUGAGGAACUCCAGCCUUCAGGCCCGAACAGAGCUCUUCUUCAUCCAGCAGGCCAGGAGGAUGCCUGUAGUUAAUGCUAGUUAUGGACCACUCUCAGUGCAGCAGCCUGUGCCCAUGGAGCUCCUCGGACCAGGGCUAUUCAGCAACCCAUCUUCGUCUUCUUCAUCAUCGUCAUCAUCUUCUCAGCUCUUUACGUUCAACUGGAAGGUUCAGACAUUCAUCAUAAGCGAACGCAUUCACCCAAACUGGCCCAAAGUACAGGUCCUGUUCUAUGUGGUGGGCCGAGACUGGGACGACUACAGCACCGUGGACAGGCUGCCCUGUGUCCGAAUGUUCGCCUUCCAUGAGACCCAGGAGGUCCGAGGAACAUGCCGCUUGAAAGGGGAACUAGGUCUGUGUGUGGCUGAACUGGAGCCAUUGCCCAGCUGGUUCAGCCCACCUAGUGUGGUACCUGGUAGACAAAGAGCUCCAGAGCAGGCUGAGGGCACCCCUGUGGAACUCUACUACAUGGUACAGUCCACAGAUACCGGUGACUGCAACUCUGAGGACUCCCGCAAGGCCAGCUCCAUCCACAAUGACCAGCAGGGGCCUGCAGGGUACUUUUCAGGCCCCACGCCCAUGCGCAGGAUCGGCAGCGUGCGACUGUUCCAGCCAUUCUCUGAGCUACGACUGGACAGCAACUUUGUGGUAAUGGUUCCCUCCAGGCCCAUCAAGCAGAGGGAGACAGUAUCAGCCUUUCUGGCUGCUUCAACACUUUCCUCUGUGGAGAUCUUCACUCUCAGGGUGAAGUUGAAAGACGGCGUGGCCUUUUUAGGAGCGAGAGUCAGCAAUCCUGCCCAGUGGACGGUCAGUCAGGACGUGAGAAGUGAAGGCCACAGAGUUGUCACGCUGCACUGCCGGAGAAAGGAUGGCAGCUUUGCGCAGAGGAUGGAUGUGGGCUUCCAGAAGGUUUUGCAGGUGGAUUUGGAGGUGAAUGGCCUGCUGGACCCUCUGGGCACUCGAUCGGUCACCUGGCAGGUGGAGUACCCCAUGACCCGCACUCUGUCUGAGGAGAUCUACACACUCAUCCGCCUCGCUCCUCAUGACCUUGGGGGCAUCGUACCACUGGCCAUGGAGACAGAAAUCCUCAACACUGCCGUGCUCACGGGGAGAACUGUCGCCAUACCGGUGAAGGUGGUUACCGUAGGAACGGAUGGGGCUGUGACCGAUGUGACCGAGUCAGUGGAGUGCCGAUCGACUGAUGAGGACGUUGUUAAGGUGUCAGAGAGGUGUGAUUACGUGUAUGUGAACGGGAAGGAGACGAGAGGCAGGGUGAAGAUGAUGGUGAACUUCACCUACAGCUACCUGAGUGCUCAGCUGGAGGUCAGCGUAUGGAUGCCCCACUUGCCCCUGCAGAUCGACAUGUCUGACCCAGAGCUCAGCCAGAUCAAGGGAUGGAGGGUGCCUAUCAAGCCCAGCAACCAGAGGUCCAGUGUGGAAGAUAAUGAAGAUGAGGGGUCCAAAAGAGACCGUGGUUGUGGUCCACAGUACCAGAGCACCACUGUGCGUGUCCUCACACACUUUGAGGCAGAGCCAGAAGAGUGGCGGGGCCAGCCGGACUUUCUACUCGGCAGUGAUUGGCAGGUGGACGUAACAGAGCUCUUAAGGGAAUCAAUGAGAGUGGACGACACACGUGUGGCCAGUCUGCUGGAUGGUCAGGUGCUGAUGGGCCUAAACACAGGGACCGCUAAAGUCCAGGUGAUGUCUCCUCUUUCGGACGCGGUGCUGGCUGAGAGGAUGGUGCGGGUGCUGGAUGAUAAAGUGAGCAUCACAGAGCUGGGAGUGCAGCUGGUCUCGGGCCUCUCACUGAACCUCCAGCUCAGUCCAGGCAGCAACAGGGCCAUUGCAGCUACCACCACAACCCAGGACACCAUGCACAACCCCAAACAGGAGUCUCUGAUCAGCGCUUGGCUACAGUUCAGCGACGGCUCCAUGACCCCUCUGGACCUCUAUGACCCGGCGCACUUUGUGCUGACAGCCACCUCACUGGAUGAGCGAGUUGUUUCGGUUCAGAGGAACUCAUGGUGGAAAUGGCCGGUGGUGGUUGUGAGGGGCGAGGGCCAGGGCCUGCUGGUGCGGGUGGAGAUGUAUGCCUCUGAAUCCUGCCAGACAAAGACCAAGCGUCGUGCUGUUCUGGCUGCUGGCAACGCCAGCAUCCGUGUCAAAUUUGCCCGCAGCGAGGAGGAGGAAAACAGAGCUGGUGACCGGAGGCACAGGCCCAAUGCGCCAUAUUAUGGAGGCUCCAUCUCAGACAUGGAGGCUGGGGUUGUGAACAGGGGAGCCACCACCAUCAAGACAGCCGCUCCUGGAAGGCCCGGUGGUGACAGGCAUGCAGCUAGAGAAGUUCCUGCAGACUUUUCAGACUUUCCCGCCCAGGCUGACCUGCCACAUGGCCGGAGCACAGAGGAGGACCUGCUGCAUGCACGCCGUGGCCUCACGGACUUAGAGAUCGGCAUGUAUGCUCUGCUUGGGGUCUUCUGCUUGGCGAUUCUGGUGUUCCUCAUCAACUGUGUCUCCUAUGCUCUCAAGUACCGCAACAAGCAGCUUCCCUUGGAGGGCCAAGAGACCAUGGCCCACCAUGCACAUGACUGGGUGUGGCUGGGGCAUGAGGGCGAGCUGCUGGAGGGUCACGCCGGCCUGUGUUUGCAGCAGGAGGAGCCAGGAGGCACCAUGGAUUCUGGUCUGGGCCUGGAGGAGGGCAGCCAGCUCCUCAACGGCCUUUCAGCCCAGAAGAGCAUGCACAGGUCAGCCUCAGAGUCAGGCUGUUCAGGCAGGGAGCACAAAAGCGAUCCACUGAACUCGCCCACCACUAAGCGGAAACGGGUGAAGUUUACCACCUUCAGCCACAGCAAGCCCAGCAACGGCUGCCCUUCCAUCAGCCCUCUGGUCAUUGGGCAGAACGACAUCAAGUGGGUCUGCCCAGACAUCGAGCUUGGGGACUCCAAAGAGCUCCGAAACUACAUGGAGAGGCUAAACGAGAAUGCUACUAAAAACAUUGCGUAGUGGGAUUUGCACUUGUUUUGUUUAUUUCUGGACAAAGUGUAGCUCACCCAUAUGCCUUCAGGGUAAGGAGCUGGGGUUCAGACCGGCUCCGCCGCUUUCAGACAGGCUCGCAUCUCACCAUGAAAAGGCAGGCCAUUCAUCUGGUCUUGUUUCCAUGGCAACUGUCAUAAGGGUUCAUCAUCAGGAAUGAAGGAAAACAGGGAUGGCCGAGAAACUGCGGAGAAUAUAUCAUCAUCAACUUAGAGUGUGAGACACGUUUUUGUUACAUUGUCUAUUGUUAAUUCCUUCCAUUAACAGAAGUUAGUUCCAUUUUAUAAUGUGUCUUUGUUGUUAUUUGUUUUGUUUAUUUAACCCUGAGUUGUUAUUAUUAUUCUGUGUUUGAUGCAUUUUUUUUCUUUUGUAGUGUGAAUGUUGGGGGGGGGUGUUAAUGUACACACAUAUCAAACAUAGACUUUAUGGCAAAUUGACACUGUAUAUAAGGAGGACAUUUACUGGUUCUGAUGAAGUAUGAAUACAUUUUUGUAAGGUUUUACAUAUUUUUAUACAUCUCUGUUCCUACCCAUGUUGCUGUAUUUCACUGUAUGCUCCAAAGACUAACCCAUAUGUGGAUGCAUGUAUGUUCUAGAUAUGGACACAAAUGUUUAUUUUGGGAACUUUUUUCCGCCAACAGUGUGAAUAUGUACAAACUCCAGAGGACUACCAAGAAACAGUCGCACAGAUGACAUAUCUUCUUAAGAACUGUUGAGCAAACUGUAAUGCGGUAGGUAGUUUUAUCCUGUACAAAAAGACGUUUACGGUAUAAUAGAUCGGUAGGAGUUAUGCACUCGACCUGUAACUGUUGUCUAUUGUUGUGUGUUGCUUUUCUUAUUCCUCAUUUUCAUAUUGUGUUUUUUUUUUUCCCCUUUCAGAAAAUAAAAUGUUUCUUUACGAUCAGACUGCAACAAAAAAACAAGUGCUACAUAAUGAGGAUGAUUACAGGUCUUAAAAUGAGCAAGCAAUUUCUGAAUGAAUCAACAAGUUUGUAAUUAAGGCUGAAGUUAAUUGGGUCUUAAAGAGCGCUUUCAAGCGAAAUCCUCAGGUAAAGUGGUUUUUGAGACAAAGAGAAGCGCAAAUAUAGGUUGAAGAAUGACACCUUUCAAGUAUUUUAGAUAGGCUCUUUUGUGUUCAUCAAUGUUUCUAGCAUCUUUUUAGGCAUUACUUAACAGACCAAUCAUUUCCCCUCAGCAAAGUUAGAGAGAUGCUACACUCCACACGCUCUGAUAUUUACUCUGAACACGAGUUUGCUCUGUUUUAUUUUUGUGUUUCUGUGCCCUUCUCAUAGAGUUCCCUUAACAGGGCCAUCACUUGUCUCUUUGAUGAAUGCACAGAUUAAAGUCAUUCUGUCACACAAUGCUGCUUCCUGUUUCAUUUGCAUUCGGCAUCAGUUCUAUUCUUAGAAAUUAUUAUACUGUACAUAGUCUUAGCUGCAGAAAUGUUAUGCCACGAUAUUGUCUGUUUAUGUAAACAAGCAAAUGAUUAAAGACCAAUAUGCAGAUAAACAAGUGCACUUAUUCCAGCACAGCCCCUGUAUGGAAGCCUGUACAUGUUGUGCUAUACGUCGUCUGCACUGAUCAAUCUGGUAAUUAACACUCCAAGAUGU